UGAAGGUUGAUCUGGCGGCGCGACUUGCUCUCCCACUGCCCGCAUCGCCGCCUGCUCCCAUGUCCUUAUAACUUCCCAUCCCACCCUCCUUCAUCGACGCUUUCCUCCUCCUUUCUUCUUCAUCCAUCUUCAACCAAGCCUUUGUACACUCUAACGUCCUUCGCGACUUCAUCAAUCAGACCCAUUUCUCAUCCCAAACCCCCCAAACAAACCAACUCAUCAAAAUGACUGGCGGAAAAUCUGGCGGAAAAGCCUCUGGCUCCAAGAGCGCUCAAUCCCGAUCCUCCAAGGCGGGUCUCGCAUUCCCAGUCGGUCGUGUUCACCGUCUCUUGAGAAAGGGCAACUACGCUCAGCGUGUUGGUGCUGGUGCCCCAGUGUACCUUGCUGCCGUCCUUGAGUACUUGGCCGCCGAAAUCCUCGAGUUGGCUGGCAACGCUGCCCGUGACAACAAGAAGACACGUAUCAUCCCCCGUCAUCUUCAGCUCGCCAUCCGAAACGAUGAGGAGUUGAACAAGCUUCUGGGCCACGUUACCAUCGCCCAAGGUGGUGUCCUGCCCAACAUUCACCAGAACUUGCUCCCCAAGAAGACCGCAAAGGGCAAGAACCCCAGCCAAGAGCUAUAAGCUGCUUGUUCGAUUUCUUGAUGUGGGUUUUCAAGGAGUUUCAUGAUAUGCUAUCACACAAUGGGGUUCUGGGGUUGGGUUGGUCUGGGCCAUUUCACAGACAAUUGCUUUUACGGAAUACAAGGGCUGUACAUUAUGUUCAUGCAGCAUUCUCAACGCUAUCGUCAUGACCAUGGAUAGUAUUGCUGCAAACAUUAUGGGAGGGGCAUGAGAAAUGUCGAAUUGGGCAAGGCAUAAACUGGCGUGCUUUGCGAGAUCCAGAACGCCAAAAGGAUCACUAGAGAUCUACAUUCAGUGAUUCUCAAUGCCAAAAUAAAUCAUUGAAACAUGCAUUUUUCUCUUGUAUUCUAUCGUGUCUCGACGAUGCUUGACGCGUCUACCAAAUUGGGUGUUAAUAACACAAUCAUACGCUAGCGCUGAGCGGCAAUCAUAAUGAAAACGAUGGAAUUGUGCUGCUGCAUGUACGAGCUCAAGUCAUGGUCAUUUGGUAGGGCGAUGGGCUGAGAACUUCCAGAGGCAAUGGACCAGUUGCACCCGAGUAAAGCGAUGCAGUAGAGGUGCAAGGAAGACACGGUAUGAUGACCCCCUUAGCGAAGCAGAUUUUUACUUGUUCAGGUGUCUGUUAUUGGAGGUGGAAUGGAGGCUUGAAUUUGGAUGAUGGAUUAUGACCUCACUCAAGGCGCGAGUCAAUCUAAAGCUUAGGAGGAUCGAUAUCACGUGACACCUCCACUAGUGAUGCUCGGAAACACGAAAUGAGUGGCCAUAUGAGAAGCCGCAAUCCUGUUUCUCGCCAUGCCAACGACGCCAGAAGAGUCUAAAACAUGACCGCGUUGUUGCAAAAGUCCACUGUUCUGAAAGGUCAAAGACAAAACGAAUGGACGCAUUUUGUCCUGUUGAUAUCCCCUUGCGCUGAACCAAACGAA